AUGGUGCAACUUCCAAGAUAUGUGGCACUAAAAUCAAAGUACAACCACAGUUACUUGUGCCAUAUGAAGGAAGAUCCAAAGACUCAACAAUUUGAUCUGCGUUAUUGUGGAGAUCAAGUUCUCACUUCAUACACCAAGUUUGAGAUAGAGCAAGCCAAAUGUGACCCAUCUUUGAUCAAUAUAAGAUGUUGUUACAACAACAAAUAUUUGGUCAUCACUUGGCCUUCAUUCCAAAGUUUUAUCACCACAGGAGCAAGUCAGAAAGAGGAAGACAAAUCAAAAUGGACGUGCACCUUAUUUCAAGCUAUCUACGAUCGCGAUUACGAUGCGUAUCGAUUUCGUCACGUGUAUCUUGGUUACUAUGUAUACUCAUGGAUGUUUGAUGGCCCUUAUAAGAAUUGCUUAGUUGCAAAACAAUCAUCCUUUAGUGGAGAUAUUUCUAAUGUCCAUUCAAUUAUUGAUUGGGAAUCAUUACUUUCGCUGCCCAAAUAUGUUGCUUUUAAAGGCAAUAAUGGUUGCUACCUUCGUGGUUGCCGCAUUGAUGGUCGUCCAUACCUACAAUUUUCAUCGAGUGAUAUUGGAGAUCCCGCCGUUUGGAUGGAGACCUUCGUCACAAAAGAUGGAAGUAUUCGUAUAAAGUCGAAUUACUUUGAAAAAUUUUGGAGACGUAAUUCUGAUUGGAUUUGGGUUGACUCCACUGACACUACAUCUGAAAAUUCUGACACUUUGUUUUGGCCCACCAAAGUUAAACCUAACACCAUUGCUCUGCGUAACUUUGGGAACUACAAAUUUGUUAAAAGACUCACUUUUGACGACAAGACAAGUUGUCUCAGUGCUGCUGUGGACACCAUUGACAAAUACUCACAAUUAGAGGUUAGUGAGGCUGUUCUUUCCCGACAAAUCUAUAAUGUAAACUUUCGUCUUUCCAACGCCAGGAUCUAUAAUCAAUCUGUGCUUGUGAUGGCCACUGGGAACGCUACUAAUAGGACACAAGUCCCCAACACUUUGAACUUGAAUCUUUCAUAUACAGACACUAAAUCUAAUAGAUGGAGUUCUUCGAUUUCGAUGAAGUUAGGUGUUAGUACAACACUUGAAGCGGGAGUUCCUCUCAUUGCAGAUGGAAAGGUUGAAAUAUCAGCUGAGUUUUCGGGAUCAUACGAAUGGGAAACAACUAAAACGUCAUCCGAGACAAUCCAAACAACGUACGAGGUAACUGUUCCACCAAUGACUUCUAUGGUGGUUAGUUUGCUAGCAACUAAGGGCACAUGUGAUGUUCCUUACUCAUAUACACAACGUGACACUCUCAUCAAUGGGGAUAUUGUUAUCAAUACUAUGGACGAUGGCGUUUACCAUGGCAUCAAUUGCUAUAACUUCACAUAUGAAACUAAAACCAAACCAAUGUGA